UACCAAGAGAUUUCUGGGUGGUGGAUGCUCGCGAAUGGCCGACCCCCGUCGUUGUUUCUGUCAAUCAAGCGCACUGUCAAUCGCCAUCGGAAUACGAGAAACCAUGUAAAUGCUGGUGGAGAGUCGUGACGAGACGUGCGCGAACGUUCCUGGCGUGUGACGCGGUUUCUCCGAUGAAACACGCGUAAGAGACGGGAGUCGCGUGCAGCACGCAACACGCGGUUGUCACCGCGGGCGAUCCGGGGAUUGGGGGGGGGGGACCACGCCGUGAGAAGGUGAUCCCCGGAUAUUUUUCGUCGAGAAUAACCGAGAUUGGGAUAUCGAGGAUUCGCGCGAGGGCGAAAUAAAGCGGACGAUACGGGAAAUCGUCAUCGUCUGAAAUACGGGAAUCACGGGACAUUCGACGGGCGUAUUCGCCUCACCAUGAUGACAUCGUCUCGAAUUUAAUUUUCCGUCCCACGGAUCGUUUUGCUCUCGGUCUAAUGGGUCGUGCUAAUGCAGCACGAGGGUGACACGCAGAGUUGAGAGCGCAGAGAGGAGAGACACGGAAUUUCUCCCUUAAAAACAGUCGUUUCGUCCCCUGGACGGAACUGAUUUGUCCAAAAAGACAGAAAUUAACGUUGAAAAAAAAAACGCACAGAGCCACUUGUGUUCCUGAGAGGAAGUCGAGUACGUGAUUACUGUCAUUGUGCCAGAGCAAUGUUUGUAAAUAUGGGCUUUCCAAGUUCCAAGUAGGAUAUAUAUAAGUUGUCCUUUAUAUAGGCGAGCUUGAGAUAAUUAAGAUAAGUGUACGCACAGAGAGGAUUUGUACUCGAAACUUGUCUUAAGUAUUUCAUUGAAAGAUUAUAUCUCAUUUACCUAUAUACAUCAAGACAUAUCGGACAAUUUUUCUUAAAAACAUGAUAAAAUAUAAUGUACAGUUAAAGAAGUCUUAAAAAAGAGAAGACUGCAUUAAAUAUUGCUUUAAAUAUUGUUGGUUGUAAAAAUAGAACAAUGAAUAUUGACAUUGCAGACUUAGUUAUGGAGGAUAGCAUGAGUGUAAAAUCCAUGGAAUCAGUGGCGACAAGCGACGAAUAUGAAUUUGUAAAUGAGAAAGGUACCAGCAAGCAGCAACAGGCUCUCUUGGAACCACCCAUGCUAAAAAUCGCCAAUAACGGCAAUCUGGAGGAUUUGCAAAAUAAUCUUCGCGAGAUUUUAACAGAGGACUCGAAAAUGGAAGGUAGUGAAUUCAGAAUGACAAGUACUGAGCAACAAAAUCAGGAAAAAACAAAAAGAGUAGGCCAUAGUAAAUUUUAUGAAGUUACUUCUUGCGUUGUUGCAUCGGAGAAGCAGGAUAUUAUGAAACCUGAAGAUUAUCUUGAAGACGAAUUAAAUACAUUAUCGCAUGUUCAACAAGAAUGUACUAUUUUCAAUGGUGUUACUUAUUUGGGAGCAGCUGCAAUAAAUGCACCAAAAUCCGAGUGUGAAAUACAACGCAACAUGAAUAUAUUAAAUGCAGAGCAAUCUUUGAAUUUAGGAAUAAAAAUUUCCGUCUCAGUGCCCAGUAGUUCGCAAGGUUCAGUCAUUUUAUAUGAUGCCGCAACACAACAAGCUAUUGCACGUUACGAAGUGCAACGCAUUUUAUUUUACGCACGUGGUGAGAGUACUGGCCCAUGCGCAGCAUGUUUUGCUUUCACGUGGUCACACGGCGAUACUUUAGAAUCUGCCAUUUAUCAAUGCCAUGUUUUCCGCUGUGACAUACCAGAAGCGGUUGGACAAGUAUCAGCCUGCUUCUCAAAAGCGUUCCAUAGAAUACCACGUUCAAUGACAAGUUCAUUGACAGGUAGUGAUUUCAAUGGUUUUAAUGCUGGUAGUGAAAAAGUUAAUUCUAGAGUAUUCAUUUUUGAAGUCACUAUGGAAAUAAAAGAAGAAGAUGGAAAGGGUACUUUUAGUACAGUCCCUAAGGAUAGAAAUUGUUUUAAAUUACGAAGUAAUGUAGCGAAGCAAGUUUGUUUGAGCAUCCAGCAAGUGUCCAGUAAAGAAGGUGGCAUUACGCUUGAAGUUGAGAGGUGUUUUGGAGUACUUGUUAGCCCUGGACGAAAUGUUAAGCAUAGUGAUAUGCGACUACUCGAGAUGGUAAAGAGAGAUUCACAGCAGCAAGUUAAUUUUAUGUCUAUAAUCAGCUCAGAUGUUCGCAAUAUUACAACAAUUUUACAGCAAGUUAAUUCUGGACCAAUAAUGCAAGACAAACAGUGCUAUAAUAUCUGUGGACGUUGGGAUCCUGCGGAUCCUGCUUUGGAAACUCUCAAUAUAGAAACUCCUAGAGAGGGCAAAAUUUUCAUGACUGUUGCUGUUGAUCUCGUUAUCAGAGAUAUUCGAGAACCAGUAAGAUUUGUGAUAGAAACAUCGGUCAAAGUGUAUCCACAAAACGAAAGAUUUUGGUAUUUUAACAAGAGAAAUCUCGUACAACAAUUUUAUCUCAAUUCCAAAGAGGUAAUUUCUGGGGAUGGUACUGAAAUACAUUAUGAAGUACAAAGUAUAGAAACAUCUGGUGAAUUAGAUAGAAAUAGAUUAAAUUUGGCUCUGAAUCUGGCAUCUUUAAUCAGAUCACCCUCUUUGACGAGUAUUGAUACACUUACGCCUAAGGAAGAAAUAGAUUCAGACGGAGAUGAGCCCAUGUUAAGUGGUACAGGCGAAGUAUCUAAAGACUGCUCAGCUGAUGAAUUGGCAAGUUGGGCUGAAGUUUUAGAUAGCUGGCAAGUUAAUGAACAACGUCCAAAACUUCUUAUAAAACUCACGAAACAAGGAAUUCCUGAAGCUUUACGCGGCGAAGUUUGGCAACGUUUAAGUAAUUGUGACAAUUCACAAGAGAUGAUGGACAAAUACAGGAUGUUGAUUACAAAAGAGAGCAGUUGCGAGAGUGUGAUUUUAAGAGACAUUAAUAGAACAUUUCCGGCCCAUGACUUCUUUAAAGAAACCGGUGGUUUAGGUCAAGACUCUUUAUACAGAAUAAGUAAAGCAUAUGCCGUUCAUGAUGAAGAAGUUGGAUAUUGUCAAGGUCUUAGUUUCUUAGUUGCUAGUCUGUUAUUACAUAUGCCCGAGGAACAAGCGUUCUGUGUUCUUGUCAAAUUAAUGUACGACUAUGGUCUGCGAGAUUUAUACAAGGAUAGAUUUGACAACCUUUACAUGCGAUUUUACCAAUUAAAUCGCUUGAUAGAAGAUCAAUUACCGGAACUUUAUAAGCAUUUCUGUGAUCGCGGCGUAGAAACGCACAUGUUCGCCGCACAAUGGUUUCUAACUCUCUUUACUGCUAGAUUUCCAUUAUAUCUUGUCUUUCAUAUCUUGGAUGUAUUUCUUUUACAAGGACUUGACACAUUAUUCCAAGUUGCCCUUGCUUUGUUAAUGCUGUGUAAAAAGGAAUUAUUGCAAUUAGAUUUUGAAAGUAUAUUGAAAUACUUCCGGGUGCAUUUACCAAAACGUUGUCGAAACGAAGAAGUGGCACGCUAUGUUAUGAAGUUAGCUUGUUCAGUGACGUUAAAGAAGUUGAAGAAAUAUGAGGCAGAAUUUAUGACAUUGAAAGAAGCACAGGAAAAUGCUGACGAGUACAGUAAUGAGGUGGAGCAAUUACGCGGUACAGUGGCCAGAAAUGAAGAGGAGAAGCAAAGAUUGGAGGCGGAACUAUUGCAAAUUAAAGAGAUGUUGCAACGCGAGGUGGCUCGGGCAGAUGCCGAAAGUCGCAGAAGCAACGUCAUUAUAGCCGAAUACAAGCAGAUCUGUCAGCGUUUGGAGGACGAUUACAAUGCCGCAAAGACAACGUUGAGCGAAUUACGAGCAAAGGUUUCAAAAUGUGAGAAAUGCAGGACAUGUAUAAUGGAUUCGUCGAAUAUCUUAGCGGAUAUCGCGCAUCCUUUGGAGAAUCGAAUAGAUCCUAUGCUUCAUAGAGUGCAGGAAAGGGUGCGCGAAUUAGAGUUGGAAUUGGCGCAGACAAAGUUGGCUCAUGUUGAGGCAGAGUGUCGAAAUCAGGAUCUGACGCAUCAAUUGCACGCUACUGCCUCCGAACUGCAAGCCGCACGAAACAGCUGGCCAUGGUUCAGUAAAACCUUAUCCAGUAUAAAGGAAGCAGCGAAUAAGAGGGAGGUCUUGGCCCCGGGUGCGCUGAGAGAUCUGAGACGCGAUAGCGCACCCGGAGGCGACUUGCAUCAUCUGAUACAUUCUCGAAGCCGCGAUGCGCGGGACAGUCUCAAGGAAGUUGUGUGAUGCAACAAAAUGCCAGUAGAAGAAGAAGAAUACGUAUACUUUGGAGUCAAAUGUGCCAGGCACAAAUAUGUGAACAUGAUGUAUAUCCGUAGUUACAUGUAAUGUACGACUUAAUCUGUUCAGUCAAUGAUGUAAUUCUUUAUCACGCUCUCCGCCAUAUAACGCACGUCAAAGUGCUUUUCAUCAGGCAGCCCAAUUUACGUACCAUAUAUUAAUAAUUAUAUAUUGAAAAUUUGUGUUACAUUUUUGUUCUUUAAAAGUAGAUUAAUUUCUGUGAUCUUUUUCUUUUAAUACUCUACGAGUAUAAAAACGCUUAUAUUAAUAUUAUUUUACGUUUAUUUUAUUUUUUCUUUUUUUUUUCUUUUUAUUUAGCAUAUGUAAGCAGUGUGAGCUCUCUAUGCUUGAUAAAGAUAAAAGAAAAUAACAUAUAUAUAACAUCAUACUACUACGCGGGUUACUAACAAUCAACAAUUUUACCGCCAAAAGAAACACAUUAUGUACGCAAACAUACGGUAAAUUAUUUAUAAUAUUAAAAAAUACAAAGUAAGUAAUAUAUGCCGCGUUUUGUAUGAAACUAGUCUAAGGAUGAAAAGGAGACAAUGUAGAAACUUUUACUGUGUAUAUAUACAGUGCAUUCAAGUAAUACGACAAAUGCGUGAUUGCAGAUAUAUACAGUAUAAAUCAAGAUUAUAUCGCGUAACACCAACCAAGAUUUGUUUCGUUUAUUUUUUCGUUAAUUAAUUUUAUCCGGAUUAACAUAACAUUCCAAAAUAGUGUGAAUGCGUUUUUUUUCCAUUGCUGGUUUUUAUUAUUAAGUCACUAUUUUCUGCAAUGAUUUCAGUUCAACUCUGACGUAAUUGACGAUAAUACGUACGUAUAGUUAUGACACUUUAACUGAUUCGCAAUUAGUGUGUUAGAUUUGAUAUUAAAAGUUUUCACUCUGCUUUUUAGUUUUAUAUAUAUUUUCGUCACUGAUAAAGGCGCGGGCGAAGCGUAUUAAUAUUUUAUCUCUUGUUCCAUAAUGAGACAUUAAUCAUACAAAUGUAGCGAAAUAGAUUAUGCAUGUAAAAAAAUAUACAAUAGAUGCGAAAUACUCAGAAUUUUGUUUAGUUGCAAUUUGCACUUUGUUUUGACAUAAUCUGUAGCAAGAGACAAACACUAUUAAAAGCCAUAAUUCUUAUGGCAUUAAGGCACUACUUAAAAGCGCAAUUCUAUCAAAUAUAUGUAAUUUUAUCUAGUAUCAUAAGUGUUUCAACAAUAAAUUUGCUAUAUACCCCUAUAGCACAUUCUUGACUAUCAAACUUAGCUUUGUAAGUCGUGCCAUUUACUCAAAUAGAAUAUAUAUUUAUUUAUACAUAUUUGCAUUUAAAAAAUAAAGAAUUGUUACGCAAAUAUUACUAAAAUUGUCUGUAUUAGAAUUCUACAAGCAUAUUCGUUUGUGCCAUUAAGUUAUACAGUCAGAUUUAUUUGAAGCACCGAUUCAGGUUUAUUUAAUUUCCUCAUUAAAAAAAAAAUUUAUUAAAAUGCGAUAAAAUUAAGGAAUAAUGUGUACACGAUUGCAAGCAAAGUUUAUGGUCACGUUUAACUUGUGCUUUAGCGAAUAAACAGUUGUAUUACCCAAAAAAUGAAAGACUUUAUUUCUGUAAAUAUUAAAAACAAUCGAAAUGGUCUAUUAACAGAAUUAUGUAAAGUUGUAAGCUAACCUUACGUAUAAACCAUAUACAUACACAUUGUAUACCCUGUAAUUUCAUUCCACUAUUAUUAUUGAAAUAAAGGAAGAUAUCGCACGUC